AUGGGCGCGCUCAAGGCCACCCGGCCCCGCCUCCUUGACAGCACUGCCGCCCUUUCCUCCCUCGGGGGUGCGAUCCCGGGUGUGGGGCGUGCCGUUGGGCCGGUCGACGGGUCGUGCCGCUGCGGAGCCGUGCCCCCCGCCAGUCUGGGCAGCACGGAGCUGCAGGGAGUGGCCGAGGGCGCGGGGCUGGGGGGCUCCGCCAAUGGCGCGCUCCGCCCCGGGGCCCCGGCGCCCGGCCCGGCCCUGGCUCCAGCCGGAGUACCCGCCCCGGCCUCGCAGUUCACCCUGUUGGUGAUGCGCCCCUGCGGGGGCCAAGACGAGGCUGCUGCGGCCGAUGGCAUUUUGCGGCAGGCGGCUCCGGCCUUGGGGGGCAGUAGUAGCAGGGACUCCAAAUCUGCGGGGUACCAGGGAGAGUUGGGGGAUGGCGAAGAGGAAACCGGGGAAGACGAAGGCGACCUCCUGGACACGUCGGACCCCCCGGGAGGAGGCGAGAGCGCGGCGAGUUUGGAGGAUCUGGAGGACGAGGAGACCCACUCCGGGGGCGAGGGGGGCGAGGGGGGCAGUGGGGGCAGCGCUCCCAGGCAGGGCAGCCCCGGCAGUUGCGUGAGCAAGACCUGCACCUACGAGGGCUGCAGUGAGACCACCAGCCAGGUGGCCAAGCAGCGCAAGCCGUGGAUGUGCAAGAAACACCGCAACAAGAUGUACAAGGACAAGUACAAGAAGAAGAAAAGCGAUCAGGCCCAGAAUGGCAGUGGGACCGCCCCGGCCAGCAGCUCCGGCAACGUCAAAUUGGAGGAAAGUGCAGAUAACAUACUCUCCAUUGUCAAACAAAGAUCGGGAUCUUUUGGAGAUAGACCAACAAGACCUACCCUUUUAGAGCAAGUGUUAAAUCAGAAAAGACUGUCAUUAUUAAGAAGUCCAGAAGUGGUGCAGUUUUUACAAAAACAGCAACAACUAUUAAAUCAACAAGUUUUGGAGCAGAGACAGCAGCAAUUUCCAGGAGCAUCAGUGUGAGGAAAUUUAUCAAGAAGAUCUACAUGCUUUUUAUCUUAUUGUAUUAAAUGAAAAUAUUUUUAUACUAAAUAAAAAUGGGGUAAGAUAUGCUUGUAGACCAUAAAUAGUCAUUUUCCUGUUAAUGUAUUUGUGCAUUUGGGGAUAAAUAAGUAUUGCACUCUGUGCAUUUAUUCCUUUCAGAAAACCAAUAACUUGAAGAAGAAAUCGGCCUAACUUUCUAAUUUGAAGAAAAUAUUGACCUAACUUUCUAAAAUAACAUUUAAUUAUAAAAAUUUUUAAACUAAAUAUUCCUCUUCAGUCAUUGUUUACUGGAGGUAAUGAAGCAGUUACUUUCUGUGGAAGUCAAGAAGUUAAUAGAUAUUAAUCUUGGAUCAUCGAGCUCAUUGGUUAUCAUCAAAGGCCACUUGGAAAUUUGGGCAUGUUUUUAAGUUAUCACAAUGAUAUUGGAAACUGCUAGUUUUAGGGAGUGGACUGGGUAUGCUAAGUGUUCUGUAGUAUCAAGAAUGGUCUCACACAGCUAAGAAUUAGCCACAGCACUAAUGAUACUCUUCUUAGGAAACAUUUGACAGUGACUUUGAUCAUAAAAUACAAUUGAGGUUCCCGGAAUUGGGUUCUUUUAAUAAUCUUUUCUUUGUAGUUAAGAGUGGAGUUGUCAAAGAGGUAAGCAUAUUUUAUAUCUAUAAGGAAACUUGGACAUUUAAAUAUAUGUGAAAUUAAAAUAUAAAUACAUCUCUCUCUGUAGAGCUAUACUCAUAACACCUAAAAGAGGAAUUAAGUACACUGAAAGGAAUGUGUCUCCUAAAAUUGACUUCUGUACUUCAUGUUAUCUAUUGGUGUUGAUCUCUUUUAGCAAACUCUUGUAUAUUGAAUUUGUGAACACAAUAUAUGUUUCUUAUCCCACAAAUACUUGGAUAGACCUGCAUUUUAAUACUCAUUCCUUUUUCAAGAAGAAAUGUUAGUGAUUAGAAUAACACUGGCUCAUUUUGUCAUUUUUUUUUCAAAAUUAUGUUAUUUUAAAACUAGUUUCUUAGUAAUGUUCAAGGAAUUAUGGGUUGUUAUAUAAAUAUUUUCUCUAAGGUAAAUUUUAAAAUUCAAAUGUAAUAAGAAUAAUAAAUCAUACAUUAAGAAAUUGUUAGUGAUGUUAGGAAAAUAAAUGUGUGAAUCUCAAGUUAAACUGUACAAGAAUCUUUUGGUGUCUUGGUUUUUAAGCUUCCAAGUAUUUAAGUCACAUUUUUUAAAUAAUAUUUAGGAAAACAAAAAAAUCUUUUUAUUUACUUCUUGUGUGUUUUAUACCUGUAUAUCUGUGCAAAGAUGCUUUUACCAAAAUUAUUAAAGUCUACUUGUUUACCAUUG